GUAUGGGAAAUUUACCGCGUGUGGUUUCUUUCGAGAGACCUCUCUCGUAACGUUUUACAUCUUCGGAGAACCGGAGGUUAAUGCAUAAGUGCAAGCAGGUGUAGGGGAUCGUUGAUCACGGGUUGAAAGUCGGGAGUUGUUUCAACAAAAGACGUGUGCUGAGAUUUUCGUUGGAAAAAUUUUAGCGAAAAGUUCAUUGAAUUGAGGAUUUUUUUUUGCUGUUGACUGGGGAGAAGAGUUUCGUCAUUGUUUGGGAAAAAUGAGGAGAUGAAUGAGGAAGUUGUUGAGGAUUUUUUCAAAAUGUUGUUCACAUUUCGAAGAGAGAACGUGCACAAUUGCGCCCUUUAACCACUGGAAAUCCGUCUCGAGCUGUGAAUUUUUAGACGAGAGAAAAUAGUGAGGAGUUGGGAAUGAAUAUUUUGAAAGUGAAUUCGGGAGCACCUCGACAUCAUGGAGCUCACGACAAAGUGGCGCAUGCCUCCGCCACUGACCCUGGCACUGGUCCUCCUCUCGGUUGCGCGACUAUCCGACGCCGUGUCCGAGAGUAUCAUCGGUAGUCGCGAGACCUGUGACGUCGAGGGAGAGGACUUCACCGUCGACAAAAUACCGAGAGUCAACACGAAGUGUUUCAAUUGCAUCUGCAAGAACGGUUUUGUGGAGUGUUUGCGCCAGCAGUGCCCGAGUAUUGAGGGAUGUUAUACCCUUUUGAAAGCGAGGGAUGAUGAAUGCUGUGAUCGAUGCAAAGGAUGCAUUCGAGGUGGCAUCGAGCAUGCAUCAGGAACUGAGUGGACGGAACCCAACGAUCCCUGCAGGAUACUCACCUGCCGAGCUGGGGUGAUAACCGAAUCAAAGUUGCGAUGCUACACUCCCUGUCCAAAUCCCAUUCCCGCACCUCCAGGCCAGUGCUGUCCGAUAUGCAUCGGAUGUUACGUGAACGGACAGAAGGUCACAGCUGAUAGAUCUGUCACAACGACUGAAGAUCCCUGUGUCACAUGCAGAUGUAACUCCGGACGUCUCACCUGUGCAAAACACGCUUGUCCUGUACUUCACUGUCCCGUUUCCAGUAUUGUACACGAGCCUGGAGAGUGUUGUCCUCAUUGCAAAGGAAAGAACAGAGAAUUCUUCUCACCUCCGAAGGGCGCCUGUAUGCUGGGAACAGCUGUUUACAACUCCGGUUCGCAGUUCUACGUGGAUCAUUGUACGAAAUGCUCCUGCACGAAUUCAGCUAUUUCCUGUGUGAAAGAAACAUGUCCUGUUCUUGAGUGUACGAGUGAACAUCAAACGACGUUACCUGGACGAUGUUGUCCCCAGUGUCCACUUGUUGAGGAGAGCCGGGCGUCCUGUACUUACGGCGGAAGAACUUACGGGGAUGGCGAAUCUUGGAAGCUUGAUCCAUGCAAGGCAUGCGCCUGCAUGCAGGGUAAAGUGCGAUGCGCGAUGCCCAUGUGUCCACCGCUGAACAUUCCCUGUCCACCUAAUUCGCGGCUCGAGCAUCCCGAGGGGCAGUGUUGCCCGCGUUGUGUUGAGAGUGAUGGUGUAUGCACAGUAUUUGGUGAUCCUCAUUACCGUACAUUUGACGGUAAAUUCUUCAGUUUCAAGGGGGCCUGCAAGUAUCAACUCGUGAGUGAUUGUUUGGGUCACACGUUCAGUAUAAGAGUAACAAAUGACGCCAGAUCAACGAGGUCAUCCGCAUGGACCAAGACAAUUGCCCUCAAGGUGGGUGAUCUGAAAGUCAAUCUUGGUCAGAGAAUGAGGGUAAAAGUGAAUGGAAUGAAGAUUGACGUGCCUUAUCGAGUGCCAAACAGAGUCGAGAUCAAUCGAACCGCUGACAGUAUCCUCGUCACAACGCAAAUUGGCAUUAAAGUUCUAUGGGAUGGCAUUAGUUUCAUCGAAGUGUCAGCACCGACAUCCUAUCGAGGACGACUCUGUGGACUCUGUGGUAAUUUUAAUUCCUUACCGAAGGAUGACUUCACGACUAGAAGGGGACGACUACUGCAGGAUCCUUAUCCGUUUGGACAGAGUUGGGCAGUUGGGUCUAAAAAAACUUGCACCAGGAUCAAGCCGAUCAUCGUUGAUCGGGAGAAACGAUGUACUGGGAGAAAGGAUCACAGAUUAUGCAAUCGAUUGCGGUCUCAAAUAUUCGACCCCUGUCACAAAAAGGUCAAUCCAACGAUGUACUACAAAUCAUGCCUCCAGGACAUGUGCGAGUGUCCAACGGACAAUUGUUACUGCGAAUCCUUCGUAGCUUAUGUCCACGAAUGCCAGAGACUCGGCAUCCAACUGCCCCAUUGGAGGAAGUCGACGAGAUGUCGCACCGUCUGGGACACGACCGCCCUGGCGACCAACACACGACGGCAUCUCCCUUGAAACUUAACGCUCGUAUUGUUUUUCAUUAAUUUUUGUACAUAAGUGAGGAUGAAAAUCUCGGAAGCAUGUUUUAAUUUAAUAAUUUCAAUGUUUAUAAUGCGAUUGCUCUAUGUGAAUGGAGAAGAGAUCGGCAUGCGUGCUUCGGAGUUAUUUUUUUACUAGUCAUCGCUUCGUGUUUUAUACGCAUUAACGGUGAAUAAGCUCUUCGGGCCGAUAACAAUCACCAAUGGAAAACGAAAAAUACAAGAAAAACCAUUGGAUGCGAUGUAAGAAAAUGUUGACGUAUUUUUUUUACUUAGGGAUUUCUCGAUAAUUCUCUAUCCAAUACAAUCAUUAAAGUAUUUAUGAUGUCAUGAGGAGAAGUUUUAAAAAGUUGACAUCUGGACGAGUUUUUAUCAACACGUUCCUUGAUGUCUCAAAAAAUCACGUACAAAGCCGACGUUUUAACUGUGGUAAUUUUGAUAAUUCUACCGUAUUCCCUACUUUACCGGCCAUUGUCAGUGUAUGCAAACUGCUGAAAUUACCGCCGUCUCAUUUAAGCUUAUGCACAGGUCGGAACUUUGGUAAUUAUUCUCAUUGUGACAAUUCUCCUGUGCGAUAGCCGAUUUUUUACAAAAAAUCAUCAAUUUCUUGACUUUUAGGUUCUUCCUGUCAGCGUCAUAAAUACCUUAAUGUAAUCCGUAUAAUGAAAUCGUUGGAAUAUCGAUGCGGAAGGCCUUGAAGACACGCAAUUCUUUAUAUAAAAAAAUUCAACAGUUAGAUGGAGAACUUAUGUGACAGAUCGAAUCACAAAAUGGUUUAACUCGAAAAAUAUUACCAAAACUGCAACAUGAUCUAUAAUUAUUAUCGUGUUCGUAUUUCGUCCUCAUCAACGUUAAAGAGAUCUCAUGCUUUUGUUCCAUCUAGCUGAUGGAUUUUACCGCUAUCUUAAUAUUAUUUAACUAUUGUUUUCUAAUUUCCCGAAUGUAUCAGAGCACCGUGCAGUAUUUCGGCCGAUGAGCAGGCUCGCGGCAUAGCAUCUACAUCCCAGUGUAUAAUUCGACGCGUUUUUUUUUUCGUUACAUAAUUAUUAAAUAAUACCUAUCCCAAUAUCCGAAGACAUGUUGAAUAGCAAAAAGUUACUGAGAAACCGAAACAAUAAAAAAUCAAAUGCUAGGUGUUAUUUCAACGUAAGAAUAGUCUUCAGGUACAGACUGGCCUUUAUAUAAGAUACUUCGGUAUAAGACACCCUGAUCUACAAGCGGAAGAUGAAGAAAAACUGGUGUUUUUGCUAUUAAGUGAUUGGCGGAGAGAGCCCCGAUCAAUGAAUACGAAUAAAAUUAAAUCUAAUUGGAGGUCAAUUGAUUUCCUCAAUUUUAAUAAUUUAUACUUUAGAUAUCGAGAAAUAAUUAUUCUCAAGGCACCCAAAAAUCCACCAACUUAUAUUCAUUGAUUAGUGAUCAAUGUCUUACUUCGAACUGUUGAUACCAUAAAAAAAGAGGCGUGUUAAAAUAACAAACGUCUCCGCUGGAUGAGAGUACAAUCCCAACUGAGUUGUCUUUCAAAGUCAAUAGCUGAAGAUUGACAGAUUAAAAUUAAACAAAUUAUACAUCUCUCUCAGUCUGUUUUUUCAAACAUGACAAUGAUAUUAAUUUAAUCCGCAUGGUGUCAAAAACGUCGGCAGUUUAAUCUUUCCCAAAUGUUCAGUUCAGUUACCUUUUUAUAAGACACUCAUGACUUUGGGCGCUUUCCACACGUAUUUGACUUAAAAUCAUUAACGUUCUCUCCUCUCUAAGCAAACCCCUCCCCCGAUUAAUCUUAAAGUAUCUUAUAUAAAGGGUUCACUGUAAUUUUACCCUGAGAAAAAUCUAGGAUUAAUAAAAAUUGUAAAUAUUAUUUAGAUGCCAGAUUAAUAGUGCGAAUGUCCUUUCUCGACUAAAUCAAUGUUUGUUCUCGUUCAUCUGUGUUUAUUAUCAUGUCGCAUUUUUUAUCUCGAUGUUCAGAGGAAAUUGUUGAUUACCGAAUCAAUGGGUGGUGAUCUGGAUGAAUGGGCCAGGCUCAUAGGGCCCUGCCAUCUGCAGCCCAGCCCGUAAUCACAGCCUUGUCGUAGUCUAUAUUUUUUAUGAUCAAAAAGAAAAUAGAGAAAUACUGAACAGUGUAUACCGUAUAGUCCAAAGCAAGUAGCCAAUUCUUCGUGUUUUUUGUAUGUAGACAAAUUAAGAGAAUAAAAGAUUUAUAUUCAUAA